UAAAACUUUUGACCGGUACUGUAUAUUUAAAUUCUUUAUAUUAUAUUGCUCAUUCUGAUAUGUCUUAAGUUCUUGGUUUUUUUAAAAUUUGGGGUGAUUUGUUUUUUAUUUCCGAUAUUGCGCACUGGGGUUUUGGGGUAGAAACAAAAAGGGGAUUGCUUUUGCCCCCUGGAAAACAUUCCCCAAAAAAUUUAUUUGUUAUUUUUUAAAAAUAAUUGGGUCAGGAAGGGGCUUUAGGUAAAUGGAAUUUUUUGGGCAGCCCAAAUAAUCCCAAAUUUAAAUAAAGGUUUUUUUUAAAUUUUUCAUACGGUGGAAUGGAGUGGGGGGGUCUUUGAAAAACCCCAACCCCAUUAGGUGGGAAAUUUUUUUUUUUUUUCCCGCAGGGUUUUCUCCCUUUUUUAAUUUUGAUAGGUAUGUUGUGUCUUGUCCUGCAGGGUAAUCUGGCCCACAAUUUUUGAUAGGUAAUGUUUUUUUCGUUUUCCCCCGGGUAUCAUUCCCGGCCUAAAAUUUUUAAAGUUAUGUUUUGUCUUUUCCUUUUUAAUUUUUUCCCCCUACCUUUAAUUUGGUAAUUUUUGUGUUUUUUCCGGGAGGUACCUUUUGGGCCCCAGGGUUUGAUAGGUAUUUGGGGGUUUUUGGUUUUUGUCCCCCGGGUUUUUCUUGGGCCCACAAAUUUUUAAAAGGUUAAAUUUUUGUCUUGUUCCCGCAGGGGGAUCAUCUGGCCUUCCCGUUAGAUAAAGGGAAAUUUGGGGUCUUUCCUGGGGUUUUAUCUUUCUCAGUUAAUGGGAAAAGUUUUGGCUUUUCCGCAGGGUUCAUUUUGGGUACCUUUGAUGGUAAUGUUGGGGGUUUGUCCCUGCAGGGUAUUUAACUGGCCUACAGGUUUGAUAGGUAAUGGGGGGUUUUGUCUUUUUGCGGGUUCAACUGGCCACCCUGAAAAGGGUAUGUUGUUUCUUUCCUGCAAGUAUCAUCUGAAACCACAUUUUGAAGGGAAUUUGGGGUCUUUUCCUGCAGGGGGCAUCCGGGCCCACAGGUUUUGAAGGUAAGGUUUUUUCUUGUCCUGCGGGAUAAACUGGCCCCCGUUUUGAUAGGUAAAGUUUGUCUUGGGCCUGCGGUAUCAUCCUUUGGGUACAGUUGGGUUGGUUAAAGUUUUGUCUUUUCCCCGAAGGGGAUCAUUGGCCUACAGUUAGAUAGGUAAUGUUGUGUCUUGUCCUGCAGGGUAUCUCUGGGGCCACAGUUUGAUAGGUAAUGUUUUUUCCUUUUCCUGCAGAGUACAUCUGAAACCCACAGUUUGUAUAAUGUUGUGUUUUUGUCCCGCAGGGUUUUUUGGGCCCACGUUAGAUAGGUUAAAGUUUUGUUUGGGCCCGGCCCGGGUUCAAUUUUGAACCACGGUUUUGAUAGGAAUUUUGUUUUUGUCCUGCAGGGGAUCAUGGGCCUAAAGAGAUGGGAAGGGUUUUGUCUUGUCCCCAGGGGAUCAUUUUGGGCCCACUUUUUAAAAGGUAAGUUGGUCCCUUUUCCCCGCAGGGAAUUUAUUUUGAACCUACAGUUAGAUAGGUAAUGUUGUGUCUUGUUCCCGCAGGGUUUUCAAUUUUUGGCUACAGUUAGAUAGGGAAUGUUGGGGUUUUUUCCUUCAGGGUUUUUCCUUAACCCACAGUUAAUAUUUUUUGUUUUUGGGCUUUUCCCCGCAGUUAUCAUGAAAACCCCAUUUUUUAAAAUUUUUUUUUUUUUCUUUUUUCAGGGAAUUCUGAACCCCACAGUUUGUAUUUAAAAGUUUUUUUUUUUCCUUCAGGGUUUUUCACUGGCCUACGUGAGAUAAAAGGAAUGGUGGGGGUCUUUUCCUUUCAGGGGGAAACAUUGGCCUCCCUUUUGGGUAGGGGAAUUUUUUUUUUGUCCGCAGGGGUUUAUCGAAAUGGCAUUUGGUAGGAAAAAUUUUUUUUUUUUUUGGGGGGAUUCUGGGCCCACAGGGGAAAGGGGGGUGUUGUGUCUUUUCCUGCAGGGGAUAUCUUCCUCCGUGAAAGUAGGAUGGGGGGGAAAGUUCAACGCUCUCACAACUACAUUUCCUCUAUUUCUGGACCUGGGCCCCCCCCCCCCCCGGGGGUUAGUUUCCCUAUUAUAACCAAGGGUUUUUUUAAAAUUUACCCUUUCUAUACUAUAUACAAAAUUUCAUAUUUAUAUACUUUUACUGUCUCCAACUCAUACAUACUGUACUAUAUACAGUUGAAGUCGGAAAGUUUACACACACCUUAUCCAAACUCCCUGUCUUAGGUCAGUUAGGAUCACCACUUAAUUCUAAGAAUGUGAAAUGUCAGAAUAAUAGUAGAGAGAAUGAUUUAUUUCAGCUUGUAUUUCUUUCAUCACAUUCCCAGUGGGUCAGACGUUUACAUACACUCAAUUAGUAUUUGGUAGCAUUGCCUUUAAAUUGUUUAACUUGGGUCAAACGUUUCGGUUAGCCUUCCACAAGCUUCCCACAAUAAGUAGGGUGAAUUUUGGCCCAUUCCUCCUGACAGAGCUGGUGUAACUGAGUCAGGUUUGUAGGCCUCCUUGCUCGCACACGCUUUUUCAGUUCUGCCCACACAUUUUCUAUAGGAUUGAGGUCAGGGCUUUGUGAUGGCCACUCCAAUACCUUGACAUUGUUGUCCUUAAGCCAUUUUGCCACAACUUUGGAAGUAUGCUUGGGGUCAUUGUCCAUUUGGAAGACCCAUUUGCGACCAAGCUUUAACUUCCUGACUGAUGUCUUGAGAUGUUGCUUCAAUAUAUCCACGUAAUUUUCCUUCCUCAUGAUGUCAUCUAUUUUGUGAAGUGUACCAGUCCCUCCUGCAGCAAAACACCCCCACAGCAUGAUGCUGCCAUCCCCGUGCUUCACGGUUGGGAUGGUGUUCUUCGGCUUGCAAGCCCCCCCUUUUUCCUCCAAACAUAACGAUGGUCAUUAUGGCCAAACAGUUCUAUUUUUGUUUCAUCAGACCAGAGGACAUUUCUCCAAAAAGUAUGAUCUUUGUCCCCAUGUGCAGUUGCAAACCGUAGUCUGGCUUUUUUAUGGCGGUUUUGGAGCAGUGGCUUCUUCUUUGCUGAGUGGCCUUUCAGAUUAUGUCGAUAUAGGACUCGUUUUACUGUGGAUAUAGAUACUUUUGCACCUGUUUCCUCCAGCAUCUUCACAAGGUCCUUUGCUGUUGUUCUGGGAUUGAUUUGCACUUUUUGCACCAAAGUACGUUCAUCUCUAGGAGACAGAACGCGUCUCCUUCCUGAGCGAUAUGACGGCUACGUGGUCCCAUGGUGUUUAUACUUGCGUACUAUUGUUUGUACAGAUGAACGUGGUACCUUCAGGCGUUUGGAAAUUGCUCCCAAGGAUAAACCAGAAUUGUGGAGGUCUACCAUUUUUUUUCUGAGGUCUUGGCUGAUUUCUUUUGAAAAAUAACUAUAAAACCAGUCAGACAGAUGGCAGCAAGCAUGACGUUUUCUUUUGACUGAGCAAGCAGAGUCCCAGAGUGAGGAGCUUGAUUAGUUUGAUACCAGUAUUAGGAGAGCUGGUGUGAUAACCAGUAUUAGGAGAGCUGGUGUGAUAACCAGUAUUAGGAGAGCUGGUGUGAUAACCAGUAUUAGGAGAGCUGGUGUGAUAACCAGUAUUAGGAGAGUUGGUGUGAUAACCAGUAUUAGGAGAGUUGGGGUGAUAACCAGUAUUAGGAGAGCUGGUGUGAUAACCAGUAUUAGGAGAGUUGGUGUGAUAACCAGUAUUAGGAGAGUUGGGGUGAUAACCAGUAUUAGGAGAGUUGGUGUGAUAACCAGUAUUAGGAGAGUUGGUGUGAUAACCAGUAUGAGGAGAGUUGGUGUGAUAACCAGUAUUAGGAGAGUUGGUGUGAUAACCAGUAUUAGGAGAGUUGGUGUGAUAACCAGUAUUAGGAGAGUUGGGGUGAUAACCAGUAUUAGGAGAGUUGGGGUGAUAACCAGUAUUAGGAGAGCUGGUGUGAUAACCAGUAUUAGGAGAGUUGGUGUGAUAACCAGUAUGAGGAGAGUUGAUGUGAUAACCAGUAUGAGGAGAGUUGGUGUGAUAACCAGUAUUAGGAGAGUUGGUGUGAUAACCAGUAUUAGGAGAGUUGGUGUGAUAACCAGUAUUAGGAGAGUUGGGGUGAUAACCAGUAUUAGGAGAGUUGGGGUGAUAACCAGUAUUAGGAGAGCUGGUGUGAUAACCAGUAUUAGGAGAGUUGGUGUGAUAACCAGUAUUAGGAGAGUUGGUGUGAUAACCACCAUGUUCUCUCUCUCCUCUGUCUCUGUCUGUCUCAGGGGUUCUAUAAUAACUAACUCCAUCUCCCAGUACUACCUGACUAUAUACAAUGAGGGAAAAAAGUAUUUGAUCCCCUGCUGAUUUUGUAAAUUUGUCAACUGACAAAGACAUGAUCAGUCUAUAAUUUUAAUGGUAGGUUUAUUUGAACAGUGAGAGACAGAAUAACAACAACAAAAAUCCAGAAAAACGCAUGUAAAAAAUGUUAUAAAUUGAUUUGCAUUUUAAUGAGGGAAAUAAGUAUUUGACCCCUCUGCAAAACAUGACUUAGUACUUGGUGGCAAAACCCUUGUUGGCAAUCACAGAGGUCAGACGUUUCUUGUAGUUGGCCACCAGGUUUGCACACAUCUCAGGAGGGAUUUUGUCCCACUCCUCUUUGCAGAUCUUCUCCAAGUCAUUAAGGUUUCGAGCCUGAUGUUUGGCAACUCGAACGUUCAGCUCCCUCCACAGAUUUUCUAUGGGAUUAAGGUCUGGAGACUGGCUAGGCCACUCCAGGACCUUAAUGUGCUUCGUCUUGAGCCACUCCUUUGUUGCCUUGGCCGUGUGUUUUGGGUCAUUGUCAUGCUGGAAUACCCAUCCACAACCCAUUUUCAAUGCCCUGGCUGAGGGAAGGAGGUUCUCACUCAAGAUUUGACGGUACAUGGCCCCGUCCAUCGUCCCUUUGAUGCAGUGAAGUUGUCCUGUCCCCUUAGCAGAAAAACACCCCCAAAGCAUAAUGUUUCUACCUCCAUGUUUGACGGUAGGGAUGGUGUUCUUGGGGUCAUAGGCAGCAUUCCUCCUCCUCCAAACACGGCGAGUUGAGUUGAUGCCAAAGAGCUCGAUUUUGGUCUCAUCUGACCACAACACUUUCACCCAGUUCUCCUCUGAAUCAUUCAGAUGUUCAUUGGCAAACUUCAGACGGGCCUGUAUAUGUGCUUUCUUGAGCAGGGGGACCUUGCGGGCGCUGCAGGAUUUCAGUCCUUCACGGCGUAGUGUGUUACCAAUUGUCUUCUUGGUGACUAUGUUCCCAGCUGCCUUGAGAUCAUUGACAAGAUCCUCCCGUGUAGUUCUGGGCUGAUUCCUCACCGUUCUCAUGAUCAUUGCAACUCCAUGAGGUGAGAUCUUGCAUGGAGAGGCCGAGGGAGAUUGACAGGUCUUUUGUGUUUCUUCCAUUUGCGAAUAAUCGCACCAACUGUUGUCACCUUCUCACCAAGCUGCUUGGCGAUGGUCUUGUAGCCCAUUCCAGCCUUGUGUAGUUCUACAAAUUGUCCCUGACAUCCUUGGAGAGCUCUUUGGUCUUGGCCAUGGUGGAGAGUUUGGAAUCUGAUUGAUUGCUUCUGUGGACAGGUGUCUUUUAUACAGGUAACAAGCUGAGAUUAGGAGCACUCCCUUUAAGAGUGUGCUCCUAAUCUCAGCUCGUUACCUGUAUAAAAGACACCUGGGAGCCAGAAGUCUUUCUGAUUGAGAGGGGUUCAAAUACUUAUUUCCCUCAUUAAAAUGCAAAUCAAUUUAUACCAUUUUUGACAUGCGUUUUUCUGGAUUUUUUUGUUGUUAUUCUGUCUCUCACUGUUCAAAUAAACCUACCAUUAAAAUUAUAGACUGAUCAUGUCAGUGGGCAAACGUACAAAAUCAGCAGGGGAUCAAAUACUUUUUUCCCUUACUGUAUAUCUCUAUGUCUCUGUCUGUCUCAGUGGUUCUAUAAUAACUAACUCCAUCUCCCAGUACUAUCUGAAUAUAUAUCUCUCUGUCUCUGUCUGUCUCAGGGGUUCUGCAGCAGCCAACUCCAUCUCCCAGUUCUCCCUGGCUGUCUUUCUCUACUGCUAUAUUGUCUGCCAGGGUCUGCACAAGGCCACCUGGGAAGGUAUGUGUAACUCUUCCCCCUAACACCUAACCACAAGCACCUAUUACCUACCCCCUAGCCCCUAACCUGUACCCUCAAAGGCAGUGAGCUCAGGGCAGAUGUCCUCACCUGGCCUGCCCACGUUGAGCCUGGUGUCUCAGUGUAA